AUGGAAUGUCUUCUGGAGGCGGAUCCCCCACCUACGAUCGCCUGGCAACAUGCCGGGAACGUCAUAUCGCCGUCGGCUCGAGUUACACAAGUGCUCAGCCCUCUUGAGGGCAUUCUGUACAAGGCAAACCUCAUUAUAAAGGAGCCGAAUGCAGGAGAUGGUGGAGCGUACAAAUGUACAGCAAGGAACCAGUUGGGCGAAUCAAACGCCAACAUCAACUUGAAUUUUGCAGGAGGUGGCGAUGAGAACAAGUCCAAAGGACCAUCGUUCGUCGGAAAGCCACGAAUUAUCCCAAAAGACGGUGGAGCUUUAAUAGUGAUGGAAUGCAAAGUAAAAAGUCCCACACCACCAGUGGCCAAAUGGUUGAAAGACGGCGUGCCACUGCAGAUGGGCGGCCUCUACCAUGCCAUUUUUGUCGACCUUGGUGAUCAAACAUAUUUAUGUCAGCUGGAAAUCAGGGGUCCGUCCGCUUCUGAUGCUGGCCAGUAUCGCUGCAACCUUCGAAACGACCAGGGUGAGACAAAUGCCAAUCUCGCUCUGAACUUCGAAGAACCUGAUCCCAAUGAGAAGCAAGAGAAGAAGGUAAGUUUGGUAUUUUGCGAGACAGCUGUCGAUUCGAAAGCUGCAAUAACCCUGCCAAAGCUCACCUUGAUCCAGGAUUUUCUGCUACCUGUAAGAAUCAACUGA